GAUCUUUCGCUUUCCUCCUCCUCAUCAUCUAAAAACACUACACCACCGACUCCAGCUCUCACAGAUCUACUCUGCAAUCCCAAGAUUCUCUCUCUGUCGGCGCGCGCGUUCGCCACUCAUGCGGCAAACUCUACCGUUACAUUCUCCUUUAGAUCGGAGGUGAGUCAAUCUUGCUCAUUUCAUACUCUUCCUAUUGUAUUUACAUCAUUCUAGCUAGGGCUUCCAUAAUUCACAGUUUUCAGUUAUAGAGGAUCUCCGUAAAACCAUGGUAGAACCCUCGAACUCGACCACGGACCCGAUUGGGCAAAACCUAAUUAAAUUGAUUAGCAAUGUCUGUUUCUCCGUCUUCGUUUUCUCUGCCCUCAUACUCACAGUAAUCGCCAUUUCAUACAAGCCUCCCGAUCCAUGGGAAUCCUCUAGGGCCCUAACUCGAGUUUUCACCCAAGUAGUAAACGCUACUUUCCAAACCGAUUCCUCCGUCCUCAAAACAGGCGAAGACAUGUCAGGUAUUGCCGAAUCCCCUUCUGCAUCCGCAAUCACCGAGGCAGUAAUCGAGAAAUCCGAAAUGCAAGCUAAUAGCUCCAGCUUCAGAACAGCUGGUUGUGAGGACUUAUCUCGGGUAAAUUGUUCGGAUCCCCGAUUACUGUUUGCGAUUGAGAAGUUCAAUCUCAGGGUUUUCAAAUCCAUUACAUUUCUUGAUUAUCAAACUCCAGUAAACGGCACGAAUCCGAGUGAAUGUGAUGUGGCUUGGAGGUAUAGGAACAAGAAGGAAAAAUCAUGGAGAAAGUAUAGAGAUUUUCGUAGAUUUAGAAUUGGGUAUGGAGAGAAUUGUACUUACAAGAUCUUGAAUGCAAAGGGUUGGCAUUCUGGAGUUAACGCUCGAAGACCUAGACCGAUCAGAUUCAGACCAAACGCAACAAGAGGAUCAGACGACAAUAUCAACGACACGAUCCCAGUUUUGUCAUCUGAAUCAGCCUUUAGGAAAGGAAAGUACUUAUACUAUUCAAGAGGAGGAGAUUACUGCAAAGGAAUGAAUCAUUUCCAAUGGAGUUUCUUAUGUGCUCUUGGUGAAGCUCAGUAUCUUAACAGAACGUUCGUUAUGGAUCUAAGCAUUUGUCUAGCAUCAACAUACACAUCCAGCAAUAAAGAUGAAGAAGGAAAAGACUUUCGAUUCUACUUCGAUUUCGAGCAUCUGAAAGACGUGGCUUCUAUUACUGAAGAAGGAGACUUUAUUCGAGACUGGAGAAAAUGGGAUAAAACCCACAAGAAGAAGAUUCCGGUAAGGAAAGUUUCGGGUUAUAAAGCGACUCCGAUGCAACUCUUGAAGGACAAGAGCACGAUCAUAUGGAGGCAUUUCGAUGGUCCCGAGCCUGAAAACUAUUGGUACAGAGUUUGUGAAGGUCCGGCUGGGAAAUACAUUCAGAGGCCGUGGCAUUCUUUGUGGAAAUCGAAGAGACUGACGAACGUCGUUUCUGCAAUAAGUGGGAGUAUGGAUUGGGAUUUCGACGGAGUUCAUGUGGUUAGGGGAGAGAAGGCGAUGAAUAAAGAGAAGUGGCCUCAUUUGGACUCGGAUACUUCUCCUGAAGCUAUUGUUUCGAAGCUUGAGGGGAUUAUACAACCUUGGAGGAAUGUCUACGUGGCGACGAACGAACCUUAUUACAAUUACUUUGAUAAACUCAGGUCGCAUUAUAAGGUUCAUUUGCUUGAUGAUUACAAGGAGUUGUGGGGAAAUACGAGCGAAUGGUAUAACGAGACGAGGAUAUUGAAUGGGGGUAAACCUGUUGAGUUUGACGGUUAUAUGAGAGUUGAAGUUGAUACUGAGGUGCUUUACAGGGCUAAGACGAGGGUGGAAACAUUUUAUAAUCUCACGAGCGAUUGCAAAGAUGGCGUUAAUACAUGUUGAUCAGGUUUGAAUUGAUCGAAUCAUCUCCUUGUUUUCUUUGUUUCGGAAAAAUUAUGUUUCAUAUAUAUGAAUUGUGAAGCAAUCAUCAUCAUAUCAAUCAAUGUAUGGAGUAGUGAAAAGUAUUCUUCAUCUUUAGCUGACAUAUUUUUGUUUGAGAUAUUUUCAUUUGCAAAUAUUUUGUCAAACAUUCUUGAAUUUGAUAAUUGUAAGUAAGUAAAAGAAGAGAAGGAUGCAAUGAAUUUGUUUUUUUAGAUUUCA